GUUAGGCAGCUUUGCAUUCCACCACCGCGGCUGCAGGGGGCAACAGUUGUUGACUGCAUCUUCGCAAGGCAAGCGGCGCGCAACAUGGCAGCGUCCAGCAGUAGUGGGAACGGUGGUGUCGCAGCGACGGCUCCGUCGCCCAGCGAAAUUGAAACGCUGGAGGGUCGUAUUGUGGCCAUUCGGCGGAAGCUGCGCAUCGUUUAUCGGCAGAUUGUGUUCCUCAGCCACGAAAUCCGCGACCUGAAGCGCCUGUACAAGCGUGCCGAGCACAACGACAACUGCGCUUUUCGCCACAACAUCCGCAUGAGGAUGUCCAUUGCGAGUGGCAUAAAGACGAUGUACUGCUACUACGCCAGGACCAGACUGGACGAGCUGGUACGCUUCACGAGUCAGAAGAACGCGCUCGAGAGCCAGCGACAACUCUGAUGGCGAUAAGUGCAUGGAUGGCACGGUUUAAAUUUAUCGCGGACGUUCCGUAAAGUGCUACCACGGACGCUACAUGGUGCUACAGUGCUCGGCUCGGAAGCCGUCGUGCCGACUUCCCGGCCUAUGUUUGUUCAGGCGUGCUGUUUC